AUGACAGCAAAGUGUGCAUCCAUGGAAUGCUACCAACUGAUGGACCUGAAUUGGAUAUCAUGUUACCGAGCACCUUCUGUUAAGCAUGUAUGCAAAUUUUUGUUUGUUUACUUUUCUAUAGAAGUUGAUUAGUGUUGUAAAAGAAGUAUUCCUUUUUAAUUCAUUGGAAUGAAGGUUUGAAUUUGACACAAUCUUUGGAUCACCUCAGACCAAAGAGCUCUGCUUUUUUCUCCUUUUUCUCUUGUCAAUUAGUGUCCUUUUCUUGCCUUUAUUUACUGUAAGUUCUUCUAAAAUUGUGAUCUUAAGAUUUUGUUGCCCAAAAAUACUUGGCUAUAAGGAGCAACCCAAUUUCAGAACUAACUUUCCAACCAAAUACAGAAUUCUCUUGAAAACACUGUGUGCCUUAUAACGGAGAAACUAAGGUAACAAAACUGAAGCCCAGUAGGCUAAGGCAAAUCACAGUGAAUAAAGAAUAUCUCUUAGUUCUGUGUUGACCACAGGUAGGCUUACUGAACCAACAUCAAGGAGACAUCAUUGGUGUCUCUGUGUCAACCUUUUGUAAGAUUGUCGCAACAUGGGUUUGUUUGCUAGCUAAACUGUUAGAUGGUUCUUAA